AUGGGUAUGAUAUCGCGUGAGACACGUGCGACACAUACCUGUCAUUCCGACAUACAGUCAAACCUCUGGGGGCAGAGUGAUAAUAAAAUGAUUUCAAUCUUCCCCGUUUUCCCUCUAUAUCCUUGGGUUUUGCAUGUUAUCCUCGGCGAGUCUCCGUAUUCUCGACGCGUCCAUAUUAGUGGCAAGGACAGAGUCGCCUCCAACCUUACACGGGACUUUCGCAGCCGCCCGUCUCUUAGUCCUCGUUACUUCGAGUUUAUACUUGUAGCCUUUCACGCACGGGCAUGGCCCAUCAUGGAGCGCGCGGGUUUACAAAAUCUUAAUACGUAUUGCAUUCAAACAAGCAUGUGCAACGCGAUACAAUUUAGAGGGACAUGUGUAGUCUCCCUGGACGCAUGUAUUGGGAUAUCGAGAAAAUCCUGGCCUCCAAAUGGUAUCCAAAUCAACGAGGUGGAAAGUUUGAAGUUUAUGGGAGCACCAGAGGCACGAGGGACUGGCUUGAUUGCUAAAGGAGGGCAGGAGCAGGGGUGUAAAUACCUCGCUAAAUUAUAUACUAGUCGAUCCGUAUUAAAGCAGCCAACAAACCCCUCUCGGAGAUCUGGUAAUCAUGCUCUCGCAAUUUUCACUGUAGCAACUCCACCCGAAAGCUCGGCCGUCCAUCCCCCUCUUGCCUUCGCCGCACUAGCCACGCUGAAAUUUGCUCCAGACUACAGCAGACUUUGCCUGCAACGCUGUAAUAACACCUUCUGUAUCGCCCUAGCGCUUAACUCAAUCUUUAACCCCGACUCUGCUAUAAACACUCUCCUCCUCAGCGCGUCCCUCAGCUCUACAACAAUUACUGCCGCUGAGGACGCACUCUCAUCAAUGUUACCACCAAACACCACAUUCCCAUACCUUUUAUCACUAACAAUGUAA